GAUAGACUAUUGCUCCCACAAAUUACGAAAUGCCUUUUUCGUUUGCGGAAAACAAACAGCAAUAAUUGAUUCAUUUACCUGUGGUUGUGUGGCCAAAUUGUAAUGAUACCAACCAUUUGAUAUUAAAUCAGUGACAGUAUGGAAGACGACGCACCUGUUAUUUAUGGUCUUGAGUUUCAGGCCCGGGCACUGACAGCACAGACAGCUGAGACAGAUGUCAUAAGAUUCCUUGUGGGCACACAGUCACUCAAAUUUGACAAUCAGAUCCACAUCAUUGACUUUGAUGAUGAGAAUAACAUCAUUAAUAAGAGCGUCCUCCUGCACGCUGCCGGGGAGAUAUGGCACAUCAGCGCCAGUCCUGCCGACAAAAGUGUGCUGACGACAUGCUACAACAAGACCAGCGAGAGCCGGGUGGUAACGUGUGCAGCCGUGUGGAGGAUGCCCCCAGAAUGGGAAUCAGGCAGCCACGAGUCCCCUGACGAUUCAUCAAACAACCCACAGACCCUGGAGCUCCUCUGUCACCUUGACAACACAGCCCACGGCAACAUGGCCUGUGUGUUAUGGGAGCCCAUGGGCGACGGCAGGCGUCUGAUCUCUCUGGCCGAUAACCACGCGGUGCUGUGGGACCUUCAGGAGAGCUCCACCAAAGCCACGGUUUCCAGCAGUGCCACCCUGGAGGGGAAAGGGCAGCUGAAGUUCACCUCGGGUAAAUGGAGCCCGCACCACAACUGCACCCAGCUGGCCACAGCCAAUGACACGGCCAUCCGCGGCUGGGAUCUGCGGAGCAUGAGUCAGAUCUACUGUAUUGAGAAUGCCCACGGUCAGCUGGUGCGAGACCUGGACUUCAAUCCCAACAAGCAGUACUAUCUGGCCAGCUGUGGGGACGACUGUAAGGUCAAGUUCUGGGAUGUGAGGAACGUCAAUGAGCCAGUCAAGAGCCUGGAGGAGCAUUCACACUGGGUGUGGAGCGUCAGGUACAACCAGUCCCACGACCAGCUGCUGCUGACGGGCAGCAGUGACAGCAGGGUCAUCCUGUCCAACAUGGUGUCCAUCUCCUCCGAGCCCUUCGGCCACCUGGUGGACGACGAUGACCUCAGCGACGGCGAGGACUGCCACCAGGAGGAGAAAAACAGGGAGCCACUGCAGGACAGCAUCAUCGCCACAUAUGAGGAGCACGAGGACAGCGUGUACGCGCUGGAGUGGUCGUCCGCAGACCCCUGGCUCUUCGCCUCGCUCAGCUACGAUGGACGGCUCGUCAUCAACAGGGUCCCCCGGGCCCUCAAGUACCGCAUCCUGCUGUAAAGGAGAGAGAGAGACAGACAGACAGAAAGAGAGAGAGAGAGAGAGAGAGAGAGAGAGAGGGAGAAUGAGGUGGGGGUAAGAGGAAGAGAUGAAGAGCAAAUGAGUUUGUUUAAGUGGGAGGGAGGGUACGUCUCUGCGACAGAAAAACACUGCAGACUAGAAAGACAGCCGAGACAAAGAAGAUGGAAGAGUGUUCUAGUAAGGGAGAAGGAAAGGAUGGGAACAGAGAGAGAGCUCCACAUGUACACACACACACACACACACACACACACACACACACACACACACAUACACACACACACACACACACACACACACACAAAGACAUUAUUAACAGCACCAAUUAAAACCGCUUUGGCGCAGCCUCCUGUGUUGCCCGGGAGGCUGUUUGAAGAGCAGUACAGAGAGGGUGAGACUGGGGGAGGGAGGGAGGGGGGGCUGGACGUGCUGGGUGGACCGUGCCUGUCUUUGAAAGUCCCUAUAUAUGCUCUGAACCUGAACGCACCCUGAUGCCUCUUACACACACACACACACACACACACACACACACACACACACACACACACACACACACACACACACACACACACACACACACACACACCAGCCUGAAGCCCCUGCAUCACACCACCAGAGCCCUACUGCUGAGAACAAAACUCAACCGUGGAGAAAACGCUACGGCCCACCAGGGGCCUCCCUCAUACCUCCCAUCACACCCACCCACACACACACACACACACACACACACACACACACACA